AUGCGCCUGCGCCUCGACCAGGAUGUCGACAAGGAAGGCGCUGAAGCGGAAAAAGCGCUGAAGCGCUUGCGGGACACCGCCCGCGAUCUCGGCAAGGUCAAUGCCGAUGACCUCGGCCGCGACCUCGAUACGAUCGGCAACCGUGCGGGCGAAGCUGCCAAAGACAUCGGACGGCUGGAUGAUGAAGCCCGCAAGCUCAACCGCAUCAGCACGGAUGCGGCCGAGGCGGAGUUUCGCGAGAUCGGAACGGCCGCAGACAUGGCGCGCGCCGAUGUCGCCGCGCUCGACAGUGCCGCACAGAAAAUCAGGCUGAUCGAUACCGAGGCUGCUGAAGGAGAACUCAAGGAAUUGGGUGCAGCGGCAGAUGCCGCGCGCGCCGACAUGAAGGGGGUGGAAACUGCCGCACGCCAGCUUGGCCGGUUGCAAACCGAAGCGGCCGAGGCAGAAAUUCGCGAGAUCGGCACGGCCGCAGACAUGGCGCGCGCCGAUGUGGCCGCGCUGGAAGACGCCGCCCAGCGGCUGAACCGCAUCAAGACCGACGCUGCGGAAAACGAGAUGCGUGCGCUCGGCCGCGCGGCCGACCGGACCGAAGCCAAGAUGCGGGAUGUCAAUCAGGUGGCCGGGAGCGGCAAGGCGCAGGCUCUCGUCGCGCCACUUGGCAAACUGCAUGCUUCGGCUGCCGGAAUUGCGGCCGGUCUGGGUAUGGCCUUCGGGGCGCAGGAAAUCAUCCAGGGCAUGGCCGAGAUGAAAACCCGCGCCGAUGAACUGGAAGAGAGCCUCACGCGCCUCAUGUUGGUCGAAGGAGAGUUCUCUCCCGAACGCCGCGCCAUAAAACAGAAGCGCAAUGACGAGUUGGCGCUCCGCUAUGCGGUUGGUCAGGACGAUAUUCUUUCGGCACAAGAGGCGCUCGCACAAGGCGGCCUGGUCGGUCCCGAGCAGGAUGCCGUUCUUGAACCAAUCCUUCGGGCCUCAAAGGCAUCCGGGUCCCGUCCCGACGUGAUUGCCAAGGCAGUGCGUGCCUUGAUGCAGAACCUUGAUGUUGCCAAGGAGGAUGUUCCGGCUGCGCUCGACGCCAUGCUGGCUGGCGGCAAGUUUGGUUCCUUCGAGAUCGAGGACAUGGCGCGAUCUUUCCCGGAACUGGCGUCCGUCUAUGCCAAUUCUGGCCGGAGCGGCCUCGAUGCUGCCACCGAACUCAUCGCCAUGGCACAGAUCGUGAGGGAGAAUGUGGGCAGUUCCGGGGAGGCUGGGACUGCGCUGCGUGAAAUCCUCAACAAGGUCUAUUCGCCGGAAGUCAUCAAACGCAUGGGCGAGAACGGCAUCGACGUGAAAGCCGUUGCUAAAGCCGCGCAGGAUGCCGGGGAACCGCUGGUCACCGCCUUGAUCGGCGAGAUCGAGAAGCGUGGUCUAACCGACCAGUUUGGCCUCGGAGAAUUGGUUGCCGACACCAAUGCCAGGCUUGCCUUGCAGGCGCUGACCGACAAGAUGGACAAGUACAUCUCGCUGCUCGAUCAGGUGCGCAACGAGAGCGAGGGUGCCGUCGAUGAAGAUCUGAAAAUCGUCAACGAACUGAGCAAGACGAGAUCAGACCGCCGUGGAGCGGCGCUCGCUGCUGAAGGACGCAAGAUCGGCGAUGGAUUUGUCACGCCACUCGUCGAUGGCGUCAUGGAUACGAUCACGUCAUUCAUAUCGAGAGACUAUGCUCGGUAUCUUCGAUUUGAGAACAUGGACCCGCAGCCAAUUCGCGACAAGAUCGCUUCAGCGCGGGAGCGGCUGAAUACGAUCGAAGCGAACAAGGCCAUGGUGCCUGGCGCUGAUUUCCAGCUUGCUGAACUGAAACAGAGCAUCGCCCUGCUUGAGGCCGACCUGAGAACACUGGAGCGUCAGCGCGGUUUGCCGGAAGGUUCGCUGUCUGCAAAUGAUGGCGGAUCAGACACCAAAGUGCGCCCGUCUCAGCCUGGUCCCGAUCGGGUUGCUGCGCCACCCCGCGAUGAAGCCAUCCCCGUUCCGACCCGAAGGCCAGUCCGGCCGGGCGAGAUUGAAGUGCCGGACAUUGACCCGAUCGAGGUGGACAUUCCGCCCGGCAAGGUGAGCCAGGCGGGCCGGGAUUUGGGCUCGGAGGCGACCGGCCUGAUGCAGGGACAAGCCGCACAGAUUGGUGCGGCAAUCGGCGCUGCAGCAGCGGCAGAAAUCCGGAAGGCGGCGGUCAACAUCUCCAUCAACCAACCAUCGGGGGCGACUGGCCGCAGAGCUGUUCGCGAUGAGAACCGGGCCAUCCGGGCGAGCAAGAACGGCGCGCUGCAUGAGACGGGAGGACCCAACUGA